AAGUAUUGCAUGGGUGGUAGGCUUUAACUAAUCUAAAGCUAGAUUCGAGCGUUCGCUAACCCCGAGGCUAACGAAUAGUUUUUAUUUAUUUACUGCAAAGAAAGAUUGAGAUUAGGAGAAUCUGAACUCUGGAGGGCAUCUCUCUCUGAUGGGUUAAACUUGCUCUAAUCAAAGUUCAAAACUCUAACCCUGGCUGUCUCUAGCUUUGCUCUCUUUCCUUCCAGUUUCUCUUUCUUGGAAGAGCUUGUGUAUACAAGGCUCCCACAUGUCAUAUAUACUACCUGCUUGUUUUCAGUCACUUCCUCAUAAGAAAGAUAGGAACAUGGUUAGGAGUACUUAGUAGGACCUUGAACAAGAGAGAAAAAAUCCAGUGAUGAAAUGAAAGUGCCAUUGCUUUGUUGUGGGGCAAUGCCUCGAUGCAACCCCCUCCUAAUGUUGACCACCAUUUUCUUCAACAAAACUAAUCAUGCCGAUCAUGAAGGGCGUGUAAAUAAUUGCCCGUGUCGAGCAUAAAAAAUGCAAGCAGUCAAAUAAUGAUGAGAGUUAGGGGUGCAUAAUUUACAGCCAGGCUCCUUGAGAAAGCGAGCAGCCGAGCUGAUAAACAAAUGCCUGUGAGGGUUGGCAGUGUCAGGGAUGCUAAUAUGCUAUGCUCUGCUGGCUACUACUAUGCUGUAAGCUUCCUCUCUUUACGCCUGUUAUGUGUUUGUGUAAUAGUAGUGUAAGUAGCAAGUAAGUAAACAAAAGCAAAGGUAAACAGCAUGAUUAAAGGGCUGUUAACAAAGAUAAAGCAGUGAGUCACUAAAAUAUAAGCCCUCCCUUAAGGCUAAACGACUAACACAAAUAAACCAUGGUGUUUGUAUUGGUGUGUUGGUGACUACGAGAGGAGUAGUAAAGCGGCUGCCUGCCUCUGUGGUUAACCCUGUACUAGCAUUAGCCCUACACAAACUAGUGAUGAACAGCUAGUAAAUAGUCCUAUAAAUGUAUCAAGCCUUUGCCUACACACUCUCUAGUGGUAGUCUAUGAUCUUCUACCUCUCUUCUCCCUCUUGCUGGAACAUAUAGCAUCAGAAUCCUCACUGGGCAUCUUUCCUUUUCUUGCCAUAUCUGGCCAUAGGCUACAAUAAGAGUUCUUGCUUGCUUCUCCUCCUCCUCCUAUCGCAUUGUUCAUACAGCUCUGAUCAAGCUCUCUAAGCAUCGAUCACUUGGUUCUUGCUCAUCAUCUUUCGCUUGCUCGUCAGCUAGGAAUUCGUAGUCUUGAGCCGAGGUUGGGUGAUUCGAUGGACAUGAGCGAGAGCAGUGAGAAAGGAAUGGAGAGCAAUGCGUCGUCUGGCCCUGGCAAUGGCAUCCCGGUGGAGUGGCAGAGCCAAUUCAGCAGCGCCUUCGCGUGCCAGCCGUCGGUGGCGGCGCAGCACCAGCAGCACGCCAUGAUGGACUCCUUCGCGGCGGCGUCCGCCGGCCUGUGGGCGUCCUCCGACGUCGUCAGCGCCAUGUCAUCGGCCGCGCCGCCGCGGGGCGCGGGGUUCUUGGCGCCGGUGCCCGGGUUCCUCCAGCAGGGGCUCGGCCAUUUCCCGGUGGACUCCGGCUUCAUCGAGCGCGCAGCGCGGUCGACGUGCUUCGGCGGCGGGAUGAUGGCCGGCGGCCCAUACGGCGCAGCUGACCAGGCCAUGGGCGACGCUUUCGGUGGCACCGCGGAGGGUCUCAUGGAUCAUCACAGGAACGUUGGCAACGACAAGGCCGAGGAGUUCGCCGGCAACGGCCACGACGAGGUGCCGAGCUCGGAGGUAGCCGGUGGAGACUGCUCCUCCAAAGGUUCAGACUCCAAGAAGAGGAGAAGGCCUAACGAGGUGAUGGGAACCGAUCAAGUCCAUUCUUCCAACUUGCCAUCUGAUUCUGCGAACGAGAGUGUUCACAGCAAAGACAAAGGCGAGGAGAGCAGCCCGGCGACGACGAACGGCGGCAAGUCGAAAGGGAAGGGAGCAAAGGAGACCUCUGAGUCACAGAAAGAAGAGUACAUUCAUGUCCGGGCUCGGCGUGGCCAGGCAACCAACAGCCACAGCUUAGCAGAAAGGUUGAGAAGGGAGAAGAUCAGUGAGAGGAUGAAACUUCUUCAGGACCUAGUUCCUGGCUGCAGCAAGGUCACCGGAAAAGCGGUGAUGCUUGACGAGAUCAUCAACUAUGUUCAGUCCCUGCAAAGACAAGUUGAGUUCUUAUCGAUGAAGCUUGCGACAGUAAACCCAAGGCUUGACCUCAACAUAGAAGGGCUUCUUUCAAAAGACCUUCUUCGCUUCCCUGGAGUUCCUUCAUCCUCUAUCGGAUUCUCCCCAGAAAUGAUGCAUCCUCAACUACAAUUGUCACAACCAGGACUGAUUCAUGGUGGUACCGCUGGCAUGGCCAACCCCGAUGUGUUCAGACGAAUAAUACAAGCGCAAUUAGGUGCAAAGGAUGGAUCUCAGCAGAUGCCCCACUCAUUGAAUGGAUCAUUCAGUGACGUUUCCCAAAUGGCGUACCCGUCCCUCGGUUCUCAGGACCUAAGCAUCAGGCCAUCUCAGGAUGGGUUUCAAAUGUGAAGAAGACGAAGAAGAAGAAGAUGAUGAUGAUGAGGGGGCCAAUUCCAUGUACGUGCAAUUGCUUCUGGCAUCUGGUGAACAAGGGCAGGCACACGCACAUGACUGAAGCUUGCUACUACUGCUGGAGAAGCAGCGUUUGCAGUGCUGCUAGCUCAUCGCGUAACUGAAGUCUGAAGGGCUUUUAAUUCCUUCCGUGGCUAGCUGUAUAUCCAUCGAGGUUUUAUUGUGUUCAGAACUGAAACUGAAAGGCUUUUGAGCCCCCACGUACAGGGACGCUGGAAACGAAAAAUCUGCGUCCUUGAUGGCUGGAAAUUCUGUCUGGGGAGCGUGCAUUUACACUGCAGCACGAGGAGCAGCAGGCAGGCAGCUGAAUUUGCUGCAGGGCUGGCACAAUGCAAGAUCACUCAUCCGGUGGCUUUGUUAAGUUACUUCCGAUGCAUUGUUGGUUGCGAAAACGAUUAAACAACUCAUCAUAAACGUGGCGCUGAAUGGUGUUAAUGUUAAGAUCAAACACAUUUGACUCCUGUGUUAACUCUCAGUUCCCUCUCUACUGCCACUAAUAGUGCUUCUUUGCUUUCCUUCUCAUGCUUUCUUUUCUCCCUCUUGCUUGCAACCUACUACACUCUUCCAUGAUGUAUCAGGCUAGCCAUCAGCUUCCAAACAUCAGAAUCAAAUUCUCUCAAAACCA